AUGCAUCGUUUCUCGACUCUUCUUUUGAUCACCUGCUUGGCUAUUCUAAUUGCAUUUGCAGCCUGUCGAAAACAUCGAUACAGAUCAGAUUGGGAAAAUUCUGAAAUGGAACAAUCGUGGCGAUCGCGAAGGUAUGGGAAUCGAGUUAUCGGAGCUGGGAGAUAUUCUAGACUGCGGCAUGAGAGACAUCGUAACCGACGGCGAACAACAGUUUCUACUACCAAAUCUACAACAGUAGCUACCUAUCGAUCAACAUCCCAAAAAGCAAUACCUUCCACUCCGAUUCUGGCCAAUCAAACAACUGCGAAUCCAUCAUCGAUCAUGAUCGAUUCUUCUGUACUACAGAUGUCAACAACACAAUCUCCAUCAAUCACAUUGAACUAA